UUAGUGAAGGAACUCUUCAUCCUUCUGUUCCCGAUAUCAAUGGCAGAGCUCUCUUUCCUUUAUUUUCUUCUUCUUCUCCUCCCUUUCUGUCUACUGGUACUUCUAGCCCUAAUUGUCCGGCCACGUCCUGUCAAGAUCCCAAUCAAAGGCCGUCAUGUGUUCAUCACUGGUGGAUCCAGCGGCAUUGGACUGGCCUUGGCUCACCGCGCCGCAUCCGAAGGUGCUCGCGUCUCCAUCCUUGCCCGUUCUCAAUCCAAGCUUGAAGAAGCUCGCCGAUCAAUCCAACUCUCUACUGGCGUCGAUGUGGCUACAUUUGCGGCGGAUGUCAGAGACUACGAUGCUGUGGUUCGCGCGGUGAAAGCGGCAGGGGCUAUAGAUGUGCUGAUCGUUAAUCAGGGAGUGUUCGUGCCGCAGGAACUGGAGAAGCAGGGAUUGGAUGAGAUCAGGUUUAUGAUAGAUGUGAACUUGAUCGGCAGCUUUAAUAUGAUCAAGGCUGCAUUGCCUGUAAUGAAGAACAGGGAGAACGGAGCGCCCGCUUGCAUUGGGUUAAUGUCGUCACAGGCUGGUCAGGUUGGAAUUUAUGGUUAUACAGCAUAUUCAGCAAGCAAGUUUGGCCUUCGGGGUUUAGCAGAAGCAUUGCAACAGGAAGUUAUUGGGGAUAAUAUCCAUGUUUCUCUUAUAUUUCCUCCUGACACUGAAACUCCUGGACUAGAAGAAGAGAGCAAGAUAAGGCCAGAACUCACGAGUAUCAUAUCAUCCUCUUCCGGUGCAGCCAAACCUGAUGAAGUUGCCAAGAAAGCUCUAGAUGGCAUCAAAUCUGGGACUUUCAUAAUUCCCUGCAACUUUGAGGGACUUCUACUUUCCAUAGCAACUGCUGGUUUAUCCCCCCAGAGGUCAUUCUUGUUUGCGUUUGUUGAGGUGGUUACUGUGGGUAUACUACGAAUUGCAGCUCUGUUUUUCCAGUGGAGUUGGUACACAACAAUAGAGAAAUGGCACAAACAAAAGAAAUAGGACUAUAAGAAGGCCGAUACUCCAUUGGGGUACAACUCCUUUGUGGUGCAGCCUGAAGUUUCAAAUGUUAGAUCAAGUUACUAAAGUUGCGGAGGACAUUAAUAUCCUUGAGUUCUAUUAUGUUACAUCAUCAUAUCUAACUUGGGUUUAUUACUGAUCAAAUGGAUAUAUUAUGUUUUAGCAAAAUUCAUUUCGAAAAAAGCCUGAAAGUGAAAGCUUUAUGCUUUUCGCCAACUGCAAUAUUACAAAGUGGCCACUCGGGACUUUUGUCUUGCCGAUGCUGUGGCUUCAGGGAUUCUGAUUACUAGAGGAAUACAAAUGUGUUCAAAAGCUGGGAUGGCCAGAUUAGGAUCCAGCGCCUUCUAGCUUUGUGUUUGAACAUCUUGGGUUAAGGCUUCUCUUAUAUACAAAUUGGUUCAAAUUCUGGUUUUUAUUUGAUCAAGUCAGGGUGUUAUUUUUGGUCCCUUCCCUUGUUUUUCUUGAUUUCUCAAGCUGUAUCUAAACAGGACUUUUUUCCCCCCAAAAGAAAACUUUUUUGAUCUGAGUUUUUAUUAUAUUAUUCAUAAAUUCAUGUGGCUA